GCUAAUGCAGUUUUACUCAUCAGUGGCUAACAACUAAUGUUAGGCUAACGUUAGUUACAGUUGAACCCUUAGAUAGUUAUUAGUUUCACUUUGUAUGUUUAUAAAGUUACAAUCUGGUACAGCUUCAACUUUAUUUUAUUCGUCGGACUCAAGACAGACCAAAAUUCAGCAUGAGUCAGCGACCAUCUGCUGUCAGGAGUCAGCUGCUUGGAGAUUUUUCUGAAACAGACCUAAACAUACUGCAGCUGCAGUAUUGCAGAGCAGAGGCAGCCAAGCGGGCAUAUACAGAGAAAACCCAAGGCCUCAUCUACAGAGACAAACGGGAGAUCCAGAGACUCCACGAUGAACGUGAAGAACUUUUAUGCAACCUCGGAGUCUCUCAGACUUGUUGCAGCCGUUGGACUGAUGCUAGCAUUCUUCAGGACCUUACUGCUGCGUUGGCCUGUGGCGACAGAAUAGAUGAGGAGCUGAGGGCUGAAAAAGACCAAGUGGCUUUUUUGAAAGAUCAGAUUUUGAAAUGGGAGAGGAAGUUGGCAGGACAGAGGAAUAACGGGGGCACUGCACGCCAUGAUUGGAAAUCUGAUAGCACUAAAUUGCUAAAAACCAACUGCUUAAUAGAAAACAAACUGCAUAGGGGUCGCAAAUGCUUCAAUGAGCUGAUGACUAGGAAUGGACAGUUGAGGGAGGACCUGAAGAUACUGCAAGUGGAGAAGAAACAUUUCCAUCAUGUUCAGUCUUGGCUGGAAAAGGAGCUGCAUGCAAUUCGCAAGGACAUUUGUAACCUGAUGACUAAAUGCACUGAAGCCUAUAAUGCCAGUGUCAAGAUCCAGGAAAAACAGCGGAUGCUGAGGGACCAGAAUGCUAAGGAUAUGGCUCAGUACAUCAAAGAAAAGAGCAGUCUUGAACGAGAAAUCUCCCAUUGCUGCAACUUUGAGGCUUUCCUAGACAUAAAGGCUAUUGUGCACACCAACCAGGACAUUGACCACAGAGAAGUUCAGAAGUGCAAGCAACCAGAGUCUAAGGAUUGGACACUGGAAGAUUUUCAGAAUGCUAUCAAAAAAAUCUUCAGAGAGACAGGGGAAAGGGACCUGGACAAACUGGUCAGGAACUUCAUACAAAUGGAGGGGCAGAACUACACUUUACUGAACUUUGUCAACUACCAGCACAAUGUAGCAGAGACCAUUCGAAGGCAGAUCGCUCAGAUUCGCAAUGAGAGGGAGAUUUUUUCAGCUGAGGAGCAGCAGCAGCAUGAAGAGCAGCAGGCUCUUCGGAUGAGAGUUUCCAUCAAGCAAGAAGCUACAGAGCAACAGCUCCCAGUUUAUCAACAGCGUGUUCAGUUCAUGGAAAAGCUCCUUGAUCAGCUCAACGAAGGUGUCAAAUCAUUGCUCCAGAUCAGCUAUGACAGCUUGGUGAGCACCUCUGAUGGAUUCCAGGAUGAAAAUGUCACAGGGUACCUGAGAAUGGUGGAGGACAGAGUCAAUGAGCUUCUCACUCUGCAGUCCUAUCUUUACUUCCAGGAACACCAAAGCCAGUGGGAUGUUGACAGUCUCAGUACCAUUGCUGGCCAGCUCCUGGGAAUAACCUCACCAUCUUUCAACCAGACCACUGCUGGUGCAACCCCUGCACCUGAUAAUGACCAAGACUCAGUGGAGUCAGUGCUGCUGGAAGCAAAGGAGCCAGUGAGUAGAGAGGAUCUACUGACACUGGUUAAUAAGAGGAUUCAGAGGGAAAAAAAGACAGACUGACCUGAAGUUUACAGUUGGUGCUGCUUCUUGAAGAACAUACAUAACGUAGCAACACAAAGCCAUGAGUUUGAGAGUUGAUACUAUACAAUAUGCUUCUUAGUGAAUGUUUAUAUAGACAUAAUAUGCAGUGAGGCUUAAGUGCACCAGUUAUUCAACAGAGAAUAACCUGCUUAA